ACUGAUGGCGGAGCUGGGGCGGGCCCUGGAGGCCAUGGAGUGCGACCCGAACGUGGGAGCCAUCAUCCUCACCGGCAGCCAGAAAGCCUUCGCAGCUGGCGCAGACAUCAAGGAGAUGCAGAAAAAAACCUUCCAACAGUGCUACCGCGGUGGCUUCCUGGCCGGCUGGGACAAGGUCGCCACGGUCCGCAAACCUAUCAUUGCUGCCGUCAAUGGCUAUGCCCUGGGAGGCGGCUGUGAGCUGGCCAUGAUGUGUGACAUCAUCUACGCCGGGGAGAAGGCGCAGUUUGGGCAACCCGAAAUCCUGCUGGGAACCAUCCCAGGUGCUGGCGGCACGCAGAGGCUGACCAGGGCAGUGGGGAAGUCGCUGGCAAUGGAGAUGGUUCUCACCGGGGACCAGAUUUCAGCACAGGAGGCCAAGGAGGCAGGUCUGGUCAGCAAGGUCUACCCUGUGGACAAGCUGCUGGACGCAGCCAUUGCCUGCGCUGAGAAGAUCGCCAGGAACUCCAAGCUGGUGGCUGCCAUGGCAAAGGAGUCAGUCAAUGCUGCCUUCGAAACAACGCUGACAGAGGGGAACAGGACAGAGAAGCGCCUCUUCUACGCCACCUUUGCCACCAAUGACCGCGAGGAGGGGAUGACGGCAUUCGUGGAGAAGCGCAAGGCCAAGUUCACCGACAGCUGAGCCAGGCAGCUGCAGGUCCCUGGGGUGGUGCAGGUCCCCACA